AUGUCGUCCUGGUUUAGCGGUCUCUUCUCGUGGGCGUUCGACUUGUUGGCGUCGUUCGGCUUGGUGAACAAGAACGCGAAGAUCUUGUUCCUCGGUCUCGACAACGCAGGCAAGACGACCCUCCUCCACAUGCUGAAGAACGACCGCUUGGCGACUCUCCAGCCCACUUUGCAUCCGACGUCUGAGGAGUUGGCGAUCGGGAGUGUAAAGUUCACGACCUACGACUUGGGCGGUCACCAGCAGGCCCGCCGCCUCUGGAAGGACUACUUCCCCGAAGUCGACGGCAUCGUCUUCCUCGUCGACUCGCAGGACACGGAGCGCUUCCACGAGUCCAAGGCCGAGCUCGAUGCGCUCCUCGCCAUCGAAGAGCUCGCAAAGGUCCCCUUCCUCAUCCUCGGCAACAAGAUCGACGCGCCUGGUGCGGUUAGCGAGGAGGAGUUGAGGUACGCGUUGGGCUUGCACGCGACGACUGGAAAGGGCAAGGUCCCCCUCACCGACAUGCGCCCCAUCGAGGUCUUCAUGUGCUCGGUCGUCAUGCGCCAGGGCUACGGAGAGGGUUUCCGCUGGUUGGCGCAGUACAUGUAA